UUGAAAGAGAAAGACAUGGCUUUGCUCUCUGCCAUCCUCCUCCUGCUCUUGUUUUUCUUCUCUAGCACCACUCUUCUCUCCGCAGGAGAUCAUUGUCCUCCUUCAUCAUGUGGGAACAUCACAAACAUUAGAAAUCCUUUCCGUCUAAAAGGCGACCCUUCUGAAUGCGGUGAUCCAAACUAUGAGCUCACAUGUGAUCAUCUCAACCGCACCAUCCUCACUCUACUCUCCAACAACUAUUACGUCACCAAUAUCACAUACUACGACGAUUUAAUUGAGGAUUAUGUUGACUUCGAUAUACAACUGGUGUAUGUUGGGAUGGUGGUCAAGUAUAAUAAUGGCAGCUGCAACCAUCUUCCCCUUCCGGCCUCUCCUCUCACAGUCUCUAACCUACUUACUAACAAGUACUACAUGACUUACCCAUGGGUUACUUUGGUAAAUUGCUCAAAAGAAGUGAAGAACAAGUCCAUGCAUCACUACAAGCGUGUGGCAUGCUUGAGCCACAACAACAACUCCUUCAUCUACCUCAUCCCAUCAGAGAGAGUUGGUUUCCUUAUGCCUUCCUGCCAAUAUCUUGCCAUGUUUCCUGACAAUUAUAAUUAUCAUAUUCAUUUGAACUGGUCAGAUCCACAACCAGUGGACAUAUUCGAGUUUUUAGGCCAGGGGUUCACCCUCUAUCGCAAUAUUGGAAGCUCAAAAUCCAUCCGACAUUGCUUAAGAACAUCCUUAAGGUCAGUAUUUAUUUAUUUAUUUAUUUAUUUAUUUUUGAGAAAGUCAGUAUUUAUUUCCAACUUGCAUAGAAGUCUCACGACCAUAAUCGAAAAGCAUUACUAUUUUGUGAUGUCAAUUAUAUAUGUUGUCGUGAUAUUGUUGCAAAUUGCCAAAGCACUGCUAGCAUUUGCAGUGUUGGGCAGAUGUGUAUUUGCGCCACUAACUGUAUAUGCUUUUCUUUCUUACCAAUUGUACCAAAUAAUGUCAUCUGUUGAUAAUGUGGAAAAAUUCUUGAGGAACCAACAAGCUCUUGUACCAACUCGAUAUUCAUACACCGACAUCAUUACCAUGACCAACAACUUCAAGGAGAAGCUAGGCCAAGGUGGAUUUGGUUCUGUUUUUAAAGGCCGGCUUCCUUGGGACAGGCUUGUUGCUAUCAAGAUGUUGACAAAUUCUAAGUACAAUACUGGUGAAGAUUUCAUGAAUGAAGUUUCGACCAUUGGUAGGAUUCACCAUAUAAACGUGGUGAAACUAAUUGGCUUUUGUUCAGAUCGUCUGCAAAGAGCUCUAGUGUAUGAGUACAUGCCUAAUGGCUCCCUUGAUAAAUUUAUCUUCUCAACCAAGAAUGGCCCAAAUCACAAAUUCUCUCUAGACAAACUAAUUGACAUCGCAUUGGGAGUUGCUCGAGGACUUGAUUAUCUCCACAAAGGAUGCGAUAUGCAAAUUCUUCAUUUUGACAUCAAACCGCAUAACAUUCUCUUAGAUCAGAACUUCAAUCCAAAGCUUUCUGAUUUCGGCCUUGCAAAACUAUAUCCAAAGAACAAUAGCUUGGUAUCACUCAGUAUUGCAAGAGGAACUAUAGGAUAUAUUGCUCCAGAGCUCAUAUCGCGAAGUUUUGGUGUUGUCUCUCACAAGUGUGAUGUUUAUAGUUUUGGUAUGCUACUCUUAGAAAUGGCUGGUGGGAGAAGGAAUUCAGAUCUAAGAGCAGAAAAUACAAGCCAAGUUUAUUAUCCUUCAUGGAUUUAUGAUAAACUUGUUGAAGAUACAAUUGAGGAUAAUGUGGUAGAAAUGGAUACAAGCAUUGCGAUUGAUGAAAGAGAGAAGAAAUUAUGCAUGGUAGGCUUGUGGUGCAUACAGAUAAGGCCAUCAGAUCGGCCUUCCAUGUGCAAAGUGAUAGAAAUGUUAGAAGGUGAUGUUAGUAGCUUGCAGAUGCCACCCAAGCCAUUCUUUUCAGAACCGACUCAAAUACCUUCAAAGGUGUCAUACUUGAAUGGCGAACUGACUACCAUUUCUGAAGAUAUUGAUAACUUAAAUUAA